AUGACCUCGUAUCGCAACGAGGUGGGUGCUUGGGAUGGUGGCCCGCCCGGCGCCGAGGGGGACUACGCCCCGCAGCCUGCACCGCCGCUGUCAGCGCCCAUGCCCACUACAGACCCUUGGACAGGGGUCAGCUACAAUCAAUAUCCUUCCAACUACGACUACCAUUCCUAUGGUGCCCCUCAAUAUGGUUAUAGUUAUGAUUCUUCUUACUAUCAAAGAGCAGACAGCUAUUAUGAUGCUCAAAGUAAUUAUUCAGGCCAGUACCAAAGCAGUUAUGGGUAUACAAAAUCCAUUGAUCAGCCAUCUGGUGAAAGUCGUAGCUACACACAUAGAAGACCAUCACAUAAAUCCAAGUCUAGAAGCAUUUCUCCAUAUGAAAGAAGGGAUCGACAGUAUUCUAAAAGAGAAUCUAGUUAUGAUCACAAAUCUAAAACAAGAUCUUUGUCCAAAAGAAAAUAUACUCCAAGUCGGUCAUCUUCUCGAUCAAAAUCAAGAUCUUAUUCAAGAUCUCCUGUACAGAGAAAGAGACACUCUGCUGACUCAGAUGAUUCCAAAAAGUCAUAUAGAAGAUCCAGUAGGAGUGCUAGUGAACGAUCUGUAACACCAUCUGCUAGAAGAAGGAAGUCAAAGUCAUUUCAUAGAUCAAGCUCCAAAAGCAGUGGCAGACAGUCAAGAAGUGUAUCUCCUAAGUACAGAAAACAGAAAGAUAAAAGGAAGUCACCAACAUAUAAGGCAGACAGAUCGAGAAGUGUUUCCCCUAGGAUAAAGUUAGAAAAAUGUGGGUCUAGAAGCCGAUCACCAAAAGUGAAACAAGAGAGAGAUAGAAAUGUGUCUCCAUAUUCCAAGUCAAAAGAUAGAUUAGGCUUUAGUAACAAAGGCAAGGAUAAAAGGGUUAGAAAUUUAAGUCCAUUAAGAAAAGCUACAAAAUCACCUUCACCUAAAAUCAAAUUGGAAAAAAGAUCUGUAACACCAUCCAGGAGUCAUAAAGCUUAUGAUAAGUCCUCAACCCCUCCAAGAAAAAGCAAUUAUAAAGAGCCACAUUCAUUAAUAUCUGAUAGACCUAGAGAGAGUUCUGUUACUCCACCAAGAUGUUACGCCCGUAGCCCUUCAAGUUCGAAGUCACGUUCAUCUCGAUCAUUAACUCCAAGAAGACGUAAUCGGUCACGGCGCCGGUCCUCAUCAUCUUCAUGUAAUUCGUAUUCACGCAAACGCUCUAGAUCACGUUCUCAUACUCGGUCGAAGCGUAAGAGUGUGUCUAUUAAUAAGUCAAGCAGCAGGAGUCCAACUCGUGUUCGUCACAGAAAAAGUAGGUCUUUAUCGCGACAUCGAUCAAGAGCACGUCGAUCAAAAUCACGAUCUCGUAGUGCGCAUUCCAGUAGCAGAAGUGGCACUCAAACGCCAAGUGAGGACGAACGUCGUGGACAGUUUACUGUAGCAGAUAGAAAGCGUUAUUGGAAAUUACACAGACAUAAUCAAGGUGGACGAGUUAAAUCUCCAAAGGAAAUAAAAGCGCCACCUGGAGCAUUUGAAAUUGCAAAAGUAGAUGAUAUUGAUUAUGGAGAUCCCCCUGAAGUAGAGGGACCCAAUUUUGCUGAAUUACUUCCUCCACCGGGUCAAGUUGCUCUUGAGGGGCCUUCUAGUUCAAAGACCAGUAAAACACCUCUCCCGAUUCCUAUAAAAAAUGACGGAAGCUUUUUAGAGAUGUUCAAGAAACUUCAAGAGGAGACAAAAAAACAAGAAGUUAAGAAACCAGAAAUUAAAAAACCAGUUUUACCAUUUAUAGGAAAAAGGCGUGGAGGUAGAGUUCUUAAGACUGGACUCGUUAAAAAGGCUAAAGCAAUUGAUGAACAAACCGUUGACAAUACACCAAAAGAUGCUUGGUCUCUAUAUAUGCAGGAAGUUAAAAAAUAUAGAGAGACGUCGUGUGAAGAGGAAAGAAAGACUAGACCACUUGUCAAAUAG